CGGUGCCUAAGCACCCCAGGGGCCAGACGACCGUUUUUUAACAAGCCAUUUCCUUCACAGCAGGCAGCAGCAGCUGGCCUUCCAUAAUUCCAAGCUCGAACUCUGAAACAGAAUAGGAAAAAUUGGAGAAGCGAAAUAUAGACAUGUGCUACUCCAAGUGUCUCGUUUCUAGAAAAGGUGCCAUAUGGGUUGCGGCUUAUUGUUUCAAAAAGCUCAAGAAAGCUCAGGUCAAAGAGACUGACAUUUCGUCCUCCGUGGACAAAAUCUUGCAAGAUGAAAUGAACUUUGACUCAUAUAGAGUGACUUCUUAUCUUCUUCUUGGUGUCGUCAAAAUAUAUUCAAAGAAGGUUGAGUAUCUACACCAUGAUUGCAAUGAGGUGCUCAUCAAAAUUAAGAAAUUUACAAUUGAUACACAAAAGAAUGCUCGUAAGGAAACCUUGCGUAUGUCUAUUACUGUACCAGACAGAUUUGAACUGGAUGCUUUUGAUUUGGAGAUUGUUGAAGAUGAUGGCUGGGGCAAUAUUGCUCCCAAGGAGGACAUCACUCUUAAAGAUGUUUUAUGGAAAGAUGAGGGAAUUGGACAGUUUUCUCUAGACAAGUAUCAAUAUGAGGAGUCUGAUUUCUGUCAAAAUUCCUGCCCUGCUGAUCCUCUUAUUCUGGAAGAUUUUCAACAAUCGCAACUGAUGGACAACUAUGAGGUCAGCCCACCAAAUAGUCCAAUUAAUUUACAGGUAAGAAAGGAUAAAUUUCAAGAUAGGUUAUUCUCUGAGGAGAUAUCAGUGAAUUUGGACUCCAUUUUUGGAGUUGAAGGAGUACGCACGGAUCCUAUCAAGUUAUCUAUUCAAAAUCAACAAAUUGACAAAGAGCAGACAAUUGCAGAAACUGCACCAUAUGAAGAUGAUAUGCAUGAUGAAAGAAGUUUGGAGAAGAUUAUAUCAUGUGGGAUCUCUCAAGAGGAGCUUGAGGAUGUCAGAAUGUUUACUAGGAGGGAGGAGGGACCUGAAGUCUCUGUUGCUGUAUCCCGUCAAGUUGGUGAAGAGCAUAUUAAGGCCAGGGAAACAGCAAACUUAGAAUGCCAAAUUCAUCAAGAAAUUGGAGAAGUUCAUGUGGCAACAAGUCCUCCUAGAAGCAUGGAAGGGCUUCAAGAUGACAAAUGCAAUAAAAAAGAAUGUUUGGAAGAUGGCAGAUCUUCCAUUGCCAAGGAGAAGAUUGAAAAAUUUGUGGUAGAGUCUGCUGAAAAACAUGAUAAUGCAGGCGAACUAAAGUUACUAGAAAAAGAUUCAAAUAAAGAUGGAAAAUUUGGUGAAGAGAAGAUUAAGGUUAAUGAAACAGCAAACUCUGAAUGCCAGGUGCAUCUGGAAAUUGAAGAAUUUCAUGAGGCAAGGGAUUCACCAGUCGGCAUGGAAAGGCUUCAAGAUGAUAUGUUCAAUAAAAAAGAUUGCAUGGACCCUGAUAGAUCUUCAUCUGCCAAGGAGAAGGUUGAAAAACUCGUUGAAGGGUCUGUUAAAAAGCAUCAUAAGAAAGGCAGAUUAAAGUUACAAGAAGUUUCAGUUGAAGUUGAAAAGUUUCAUAUUAUUCCACCAGAGUCAAACAUUCUUGAUAUAACUCCCCAAACCAAGUUUCAAAAUGAUUCAGUUGCAAAACCAAAACAAGCAGGUGCUACUAUGCUGGAAUCUAUGCAUAUUUCUACACCAGCUGUGAAAGAGCGUGCUCGCUUUCCAAGGAAAAGAAAAUGUGUUUUUGAUGGAUUGAUAAUCUUGCCUAAUGAGGUGCUUAGACAGAGCAUACAUGACACAAGCGACUUAAUUUCCAAACGGAGAAAAGUUCCCUGUCCCGUAAUUGCUGCUUGGAAAGCAUCUCGGGUUUCCAGUCUUCCUGAGGGGUUCUAUGAAUCUUUGCUGCCUUGUCAUUCAUUAGAGCUCCAAAUCCUGUUCUCUAAAAAGAAAAUCAAGAUGUUAAAUUCCAUUAAAAUUGUGGAAACUCCAGGGAAGUUAGAUGAAUCAGAAUCUCAAACUGUUGACAAGGUAGAGCAUAGUGAGCCUGCUCCAAAUACCCCUCCUCAGUGCUCAACAUCUCGACCAAUUUAUUUUCAAGACAGCAAAGAAACUACAAGCUCGGACAAUAUAAGACCUUCAAGUCCAUAUGAAUGUAUAGAGAGAAAGAAAUCUUUGAAAAGGGAUGGAGAACUUCAUCUGGUGAAAGAGGGUAAUUUGGAAACUUCUAGUUGGCAUGCAAGCAUAACAGGAGAACAAUAUUUAAGAAAGGAUGAAGAACUUGAUUUGAUGAUUGAGGAGACAAAUUCAAUUGAAACAGAGAAUUCAGACUUAUGUGGAUGGUCUAGGCGAACGACGAAAGUUGCCAGAUACUUGCAAAGACAUUUUCUGGAUCUAGGGAAACAAAGAGAAGAAAACGUUCUGAAUUUUUCACAAGUUUUGCUAGGACGGGCUAAGAAAGAUUGUGCAAGGCUAUUUUAUGAAGUAUUGGUUUUGAGAACUACUAGUUGUUUGGAUGUAAUGCAAAAUAAUGCUUAUGGUGAUAUUUCCAUCCGGAAACUCUCGCAACUGGAUCAAUCUUUUGGAGUUGACGAGCUGUAGAAUCACAGAUAGAGUCUUGUUUCUUGGAGUAGCAAAAGGCAAAGACACAAUAGGUUCACAGUAAAGCAUACAAGGAGAUCAGGCCACACCAAGUGCCGCUGAAGACGGCUUUUGGUAUAGGCGAUCCUCAGAUUUGUCAGCUUCAGAUCUAAUCUUUCAUGCUACAACAAUAAGCAACUUUCUGAUAGCGCGACACUUCUGGAUUGCAUCUGCAGCUAAAUUGAUUGGAGAGGAGUUUUGGAAGUAACAAGUUAAUUGGAAUGUAGGGGUUUAGGUAUAUAUUGAAAGGGACGAUUUCACUAUACAUCAUUAUUUGUGUUCUUAGCUUGUUUCUUAGCUAAUUCUAAUGUGUGGUUAUUAACUUAUAUGCCGUAGGAUCCAUGUAAAGUUGACAGGCUCCAAUAUAUGCAGGAAGCCACUGAGUUUCCUAGCAGGGAAUGUUUUUCGGCCUCUCUAGAACUUGAACCUGUCUUAUGAGUCAUAUUAUUCACGUGGCUAGCUUUCUGCAACUAUUGGUGAUUCUCUGUUUUCACUUUUCGAAAUAGGAGUAAUUUUUGUCUUUCA